AUGGGGCUGGGGCGCCGCGUCCUGCUGCUGGGCGAGGGGAACUGCUCCUUCGCCGCCUCCCUCUGCCGGGACCGGGGCACCAGGGUCGUGGCCACUUGCUACGAGAGCGAGGAGGAGGUGACCGGGCGGCGGGGAGCGGCGGAGAACAUCCGGAGGCUGCGGGAGAGGGGAGCUGAAGUUUUGUUUUCUGUGGACUGCACCAACCUGAAGGACUAUUUUUUAGCAGAAAAAGGAGAAUUUGAUUCUAUUUAUUUCAACUUCCCUCACUGUGGGAGAAAGGCAGGGGUUGUGAAGAACAGGGAGCUUCUUGCCCGCUUUUUCCACAGCUCUGCAGAGCUGCUGGCAGAGGAGGGAGAGGUCCAUGUGGCUCUUUGCAAUGGACAGGGUGGGACUCCUGCUGACCAACCAAGGAGGGAAUGGCACAACAGCUGGCAAAUCGUGGCAGUGGCAGCAGGAGCUGGAUUCAUCCUGAGUGAGGUUCAUCCUUUUAAAGCAGAGACUAUCCAUGGGUACAAGUGUACAGGCUACAGGAGUCAAGAUAAAUCUUUCUGUGUAGAAGGUGCUUUAAACCACAUUUUCACCCGGAGCACCCCCCUUCCCUGCUUCAAACCUGUGGCCUACCGGACAGAACUGGAAAACCAAACAGUUUAUUUUCAAGUACCACAAGUACUUGUGGAUAAAAUUGAUAGGGGUUUCCUAGAACUCAAUUCAAAUCAUCCAGUAAGGACAGUAAAGGAGAAGCUCACUGCAGAGCUCGACCAAGCCUUCCAGCUGCAGAACACUGACUGCUGCCUUCCUCUGCUCCACCGAGGUCACCUCAGUGGGGUUUGUCACUCAAAUCUCUUUGUGAUCAUUCUGAGCCCAGAGGAGACUCCAAGCACUGAGGAAGUGGCAAAUGAAGCUUUAUUUCCCCAGGUUGACUUUUGCAGGGACACAGAUAAGAGUGGCUGGGCACAAGGGGAAUGCCACCUUUCAGAAGAGUAUUAUCUCAGACCUUCCCUUCUACCUUAUGCUCAGGCAAUAAUACAAAGAGGAACCUUUGUCCCGGGAAUACUUACGGUUCUUUCUGGCCCAGUUUUCAGGAAGUGUCUUAUCACUCCUUACUCCAUGCCUGUUUUUCAUGAGAUCCUAUUUGCCUGUGCAGUUAACAGGGGUACAGAGAGCAGCUGUAUCCAGAUGCUGGUGAAUAACAUGAAGACCAGCAUACAUUCUCUUCACCAGACUGUUUCCAGCUCUAAACUGAGUCUCAGUCUGCAGGAAGCAACGAGCUUUGAGACAACUGAGCUAAAUGACUUUGCUGCUUUUGAAUCUCAGCUUAGUCAGGUUCAGUACUUCAUCUGCGUGGACACAGACACUUUGGGCUCCUGUGAGAGGGGCUUCUGUGUGGGAGUUGUAAGGAUAGCCCGUGAUGAGUUAACCAGCAGUGACUUGGUUGUUGUCUUGGCUUCGUUGAAUCUCGACCUCCUGGCCAUGCUGAUCUGUGGAAUACCUGACUGGCGGAUGCUCUGGACACCAGACACACGGUUCCUCCAGCAGUUUCCUAGAGGGGAGUUAAGGCUUUUCAAGAGUUUUUCUCUGUAUCCACCUUCCUACGUCCACGAUGUCAGCUUUUGGCUUCCUGAUGGGGAGCGAUUUGAUGAAGUUGCUUUUCACACCAUUGCUAGGCAGGUGUCGGGUGAAACGGUGGUAUCCAUCCAGCUAAUUGACAGCUUCCAGCGGGCAGAGACCGGACUGAAGAGCCUCUGCUACCGGCUGACCUUCCAGUCCUGCGACAGGGCCCUGAGCCGCCAGGAGGUGGCACAGAUGGAGCAGAGAUUUCGGAAGGAAAUCGCCCAGCGCCUGGGAGUGACUCUUCGCUGAAGCUUUGCAGGUCGUUCCCAGGUGCUGGGCUCGCUCCCGGUGUGAGGAUUCCAGAGCCAGGGGUGCUCCCCAGAGCCAGGGGUGCUCCCCAGAGCCAGGGGUGCUCCCCACAGCUCCCCAGCCCCUUUCCAGCCUGUUUUCCCAGGCGCUGGUCCCACAGGGGGGUUCCAUUCCUGGCUCCAGAGCCUGCAGCCGCUCCUGGCUGGCAGCGCUGCCCCCGGGCGCGCAGCCCCAGCUCCCGCAGCUGGAUCUGCUGCCGGGAGCCCCAGGAGCGGGCCGAGCUGCGGGGCUGUGCGGCUGCCCCUGGGCGAGGCGGCAGCAGCCCCGGGGGCACCGACGGGGCUUCUUUGCUCCGGGCUGGGAGCCCCGAGGUCCCCGCGGCUGCUCCCGGGCUGUGCAGACCCCCCGGGGGGGCUCCGUGGGACUCUCCUCUGCCAGGAACCGGUUCCACAGCUGGAAAAUCCCCCCGUUCCCCUCCCGUCUUGUGACACCGGCGCGUUCUCCCGCCGGGUCUGCGAUGCAAUAAAACAAACCUCCCCGUAGGAAGUGCCCGAGUCCGGCGGAGCCGCGGGGGGGGCUCGGGCACGG